AUGACUGAUUUCGAUGAGAAAAAUAGCAAGCCAAGUGAUGCGGGUGGAAGCCGGAAGAACAAGUCGUCUGGUAAGUCCGAGGGGAUUGAGGCGAGGGAUAAUUUAAAGGUCCCAAAUAAGGAUUCUGGUGCCUCUCUGUUUUUAAGCAGUGUUUCCUUCGACACCGUACCUUUACUUGCAGGAGUCGCGUGCGAGGAAUCGCACGAGCCGUGUUGCAAUGAUCACUCUUUGGACUAUACUGAGGACGAAUUCUACGAUAACGAAAGCACGGUCGAUUUUGCGCAUCACUAUGAUGGGGGUGAUCGACUAGUGGUACCUUUCACACGAUUCAGUGGCUCCCAGCUCAGAGGUCAAUCUAACGCAUCGAUAUCUAUGAUCAAUUCAACUGUCGACGGUUUGGAUGGGAUAUAUGUCGGGAAAGAUGGUAAAAUCACAAGAACAGACUACCCAACUCGGCCCACAAUCGUCAAUGACGCAAUAGUAAUAAACAGAGCGCAUAAAGAUUGGCCGGCAUUGUGGUCAACAAGAAGACAACAGAUUGAGCAGAGGGUCCAUUCUCCCGCUGCCCAUUUUGUCUUCCCCGAAAUAUUAUUUCCCUCUGAAAAGCCGACUGCAUUGUCCGCAUCUGAUGGCUAUACGCCUCUUUCCAAGGAGGAGAAAAGAAAGGCUCUCGUCAUUAGCAAGAAGGUUGGUUUUCCGAAUUCCCCAAGAACCUUACUUUGUCAUAUUAGUGGCCGUAAGCAUACUUGGACACCUUUGGACUGGCUCCUCAAGAAAUUCUCACAUGAUGUUGACCAUUUAGUGAUUAUUGCAAACAUCCCGAAAAUGUCUAAUCACCGAUCGCGAUCAAGGUCACGAUCAAGGUCCGCAGCGCCACGAAGCGAAUCUGCAGAUGGACCACGCGACAAAACUCAGCACAAACAUGAACAUUGGCUGGAGUGGGCCUCGGGCUACGAUGCCGCUGUGAUAAAAGAGACGCUUAACGAUAUCUUAAGAUAUGUGACUACUAUAUUGCCAAAAAAUCGCGCAGUCAAAGUCACAGUUGAAAUUGUUAUUGGCAGAAUUCAGAAAAUAGUUACAGACGCUAUCAACGUUUACAGUCCUGAUCUCAUCGUUAUGAGCUCUCUGAGAUACAAGCCAAAUGAGAGCAUCGUUAAAUGGAGAUCAAGAAAAACGAUCGAUAGGUUUUGUCAAACAUGCCCUGUUCCUAUUGUUCUUGUACCUGUGCGAAAGAUGAAAGAUCUUGAAGAUGAAAUCUUGAACGAGUUACGUGUUAUGAAGGGUUUUUCAAAGGUCGGUGAGAAAGAGGGCGUACAAAUCCAGAAUCCUGCCCGUGGCGACAAAGAUAUCUCACAAGAAAGUCAGAAAUUUCAGCCGCCUGAGACAGCCUCUAAACAGUCCAGUUCUCAGAGUCUUUCAGAUGAUGAGCGAAGUGAUACUGAGUCUAUGAAUUCUUCGAUAGCAAGUAGCGGGGUAACAGACUCACGCUUGCAGAGGAAGUUAGCAGACUUCAGAAAAAAUGCUCAAAACGAGAUUGACAAAAUCGAGCGUAAUCCACAUUUAGACCACGAUCAAAAGCUAAUAUCAAAAGUCGACGCAAUCACUGAGUCGUCACUACGGUUCACAAACCGUUUGGACGAAAUGAAUUAUAGUACAGAAUCAUUUGCUGAACUUAAAAGGGUUUUCACUGGAGACGGUAAGCCACAAACUGGAGGACAUAGGAAAUCAAUGCUUGAUGUUUUAGGACCAUCUGAAAAGGUGAAGAAAAUCAAAACUCCUUCAAUCAAAGUCGAAGAGAGCACUUCACCAUCCAGGAAAUCGCAAAUAAAGUUUGCUCCUGAGGUGAAAUCAAGGGACGGCAGAGACCGCAUCUUCCCUCCAGAUUCAAGGCCCAUCGAGCGAACCUUGUCCUACGACUUAGCUUUGCGGCCGGAGUCCUCUCAGGGGACAAGUAGCUCUUCGAGAGACAUGGACUUGCGAAAAGUGCGAAGUGCCAGCGGCCUCAAGCCUACCAAAUCUGCCGGUUCAUCGAGCAGCGAUUACUUAAAGAAAAAGUCGAAAGGGUUCUUUUCCUUCUUCAAGGUGCCUGAAAGCAACUCCAACAGCCCUGCUAGCAGUGCGGUUUCCAGCAGAAGGAGCAGCGUUGGUAGCGAGAGCAGUGGAAUAGUGGUGGGCACCCCGCACAAGAAAAAAAGAUCACGCUUUUUUGGAUUUGUAAAACCGUAG